AUGGUUGGCAUACCUUACCGCUACCUCACACUAUGGCACGAGGAGCGCAUCCUCAAAAACACAAUGCCGAAAUUGAAGCCAGGAGAAGCGGCAUUUCGAUCCUACUACCUCCCCUCAAUGGAGGGAGGUAAGCACACCAUCAAAGUCGAGCAACGAAUUUCUCUGGCAGGCUAUACACCACCAGAAAAACCCAAGGAUACUCUACCUCCCUAUCCUGGAGAUAAGGAUAAGAUGAGAGAUGCAGUUGAUGUGGAGCAGCAAUUCACGGUAAUUGCGCCUCAUUUCAAGCUGAUUGAAGAAAGAGUCGACUCUGUAUUUCCACCUCCUGGACAUAGCGCCCUACCGAAGACGCUUCCGCACAUCGUGUUGAAGGACUACCACUUUCCAUGGGCCAGAAAUGUUGCUGGUUGUGCCAGACAAAAAGACGAUGAUAGCAAUAGGAUUCCAUGGGUGGCCCUGAUCACCUUUACCGCAGACGAGUUGCAAGUCUCCGAUAUGGGAGUCUUUGGGGAGAUCCCCGGCGCAAAGCUCAAUGAAAACUCGGCGGUUGAAGCUCAGGUCGGGCUUUCCUAUGAUAAGCUCACCGAGGCGGCAAAGACAAAGAAUAUGACGAACUUGACCGCCAAACCCGACCAACGUGAAAGAGAGCUGCAAACCUCUCUUAUCUGCCUCAAGAAGCCCCUCUUCACAAAGUUGUUUGGGGAUCCAAAGGAAGGCAAGGGAAAUAUCACCCAAUUCAAAUACAUGAACCAUGUCCGAGAAGUGUCGACUGAAGGGCAGAUGGCAGCCAUGUACGGACCCUCCGGAUUGUACAGCAUCAUCGUAUCGAAUAGGACGGGGCUGUUUGAUACUGAAAAGCCAACUCCUCUGAUUGCUCACCUUGUCUCUCUGGAAAACAUUGACGGCACCCCCAUAUCCUCCCUAAAGGACAAUAUCAUCCUGACCAGCUUAUACAGCUGGACCUAUACGUCUCUACCACCUGGGUCAUUUGAUGUCAGAACUGCCCUGCAGAACCUAGGCGAUAACCUUACCGUUUUAUAUCCAGGAAUACCACCGCCGAACCAAGCUAGACCGACACGAGAGCCAACUAUUGAUGAUAUAAUCAAGAAACGACAGGAAGAUGGCUACACACUCGUCCGACAUCGAACCAAAACGGGGGAAGAGACGGCCGCAAUGUAUCGGGGGCCUUUGGUGCCAACCAUUGUUCCUCCCAAGUCAAAGACCGGAAUGACGGUACAAUCGAACUUUGGCACAGAUCUCCAGAUUUUGGACGCAGAUCUAGGGCUGAUGGACAUUUCCUAUGCUGCCGCAUGGCAGCUAGGUAAAACCUUGGCAAUGGGUGAUCCAGCUUUCACGGCUGCACUAUCGCGAGUCAGACGGCACAUGCACAUAGAAUCUCUCAAAACCUCCCAAAUAAAUGUGCACAAACAGCUCGGCGAAUACGUAUCUCGCGACGAAGUCCUAAAGAGCAUACCAGACCUAGUCCAUGGACUCGAUGGCUUAAACUCAACGCUACAUGCAAACAACACCACCAUAGUCAGCACCAACAGAUGGCAGGCUAAAUCUAUUGAUGAAACCGUUGAUAUAACUCUCAUGUCACCACACAUAUUUUCACAAAUAUAUGAAAAUGCGGUUCCAGUGGCCAUGGAUAUCGCCUGUUCUACCGCUGGACCGGGAGUCAAGUAUAACUAUCACAAUGUACCUUCGAAUACGGAUUAUGCAAUGGUCCAAAGCUGGAUUCACGACAAGUUGCACAUGGCGUCCAUACCGGCGCACUACUUCAUUCCAGAUAAGUCAUAUCUACCGGACGAAACGCUGCGCUUUUUCUACAUCGACGAAAACUGGACGGAUGCAUUGAUAGACGGAGCCCUCAGCUUGGCGAACCAAUUUACGUUCAAGCCAGAGGAAGAUUUUUGUCGCCUGGCUCUGAAAGAGGCAAUCGGAGACUACCUUCGAAAGGAGGAUCCUAACUUUGGCUAUUCCCCGCAAAUGCCCAAAUUCGGAUUCCUGAUGCGAACGAAUGUCCUUGUCCAGUUCCCGGAACUGACGGUUGUCGCCAGAUUUGACAAGACCAAGGCCGCGGAGGAUAAGGAUGAAAAGCCAAAGGCCCCAAUUUUGGUUCAGCGCAAAUUGGCACCGGAUAUCAUGCUCUGCCUAUUCGACUACGCCCCUCCUCAGCUCUGGGCCCUCAAAUUCACAUUACCCGCACAGCAACAGUGUUACACUGUCGGCGGCACUUUCGACAAGGAUAUGCUCAAACUGGACAUCAAGAGAAUAUUCGCACCAAAAGACCCUAACCGCGAUUUGUCGGGGCCUCGCGCGGCGAAGAGAGGCAGAGCGCUGAAGACUAAUGUGGAGUAUCCGCGAUCCAAAUCGGACAUCUUUGAUUGGGAAUCCCGUACAAUCAAAACAGAAGCAUACGCAAAAGAGGUCUGGAGGACUCUCAGGAAAGAAAUACCCCCUGAAUCUGAUUGGAAAAAUGAUUAUUUCGAGGAGGAAAAACCCACGUCUGCAAUGAUGGCCCUUCAAUUGAAUGAACCGAUCUAUACACUGGACAUUAAUAAAAUCUUUACGGAAGAUUACGUCGCCCCACCAGACGAGCUUUUCCAAUUCAAUGUUCCAGUUUUCCCAGCUCACAAGUACAAACCACCACCACUCCCUAAAAGAGUUCCAGAACCACGCUUGUUUCCUCAAAAACUGGUCCGUCCCACACCAGAGGAACCACCAAUCUUCGUCCCAAAUCUUCUGAACCUGACCCCUUCAAAACCGGCGCACCCCUACGACCGCGCAAGAUUCAUCUUCAAAAUCUACACCCUGGAAGGAAAACGCAUAACAAACUACGUGCCCACAGCCGGCGACCUCCCCAUCGAUCUCGUGUUCAGCAUCACCACCGACCCCGAAAUGCGCCCCACAUACAACUACCAAAUAAAACGCCUAACCAUCAAACUCAAACAAGAGCCUUUCCAAGAAGGCAAAACAAAACCGCUGCUAGAUGCAGAUUAUGAACCUGAUCCGCCCAGCAUGCUAAGCAAUCUCAGAUUCAAUAUAUUCACGAAUUUUCAGAACGGGUUUAUGAAGAUUGAGUUAGUUCCCAGAUCUAAAAAUGGGGUUCCGAUGAAGGAAAUCAAGGAGUGUAGUUUUAUGUUGGGGUUGGUGAUACCGUAUGCGUGGAAGACGAAUGAGAGGACGUGGGUUAGUUUGGAGGUGGCUUGCAUUGAUACUGGGAAGUCUGAAAGGGAUAAGGAUAAGGAGAUGCUUUGGCAGGACGGGAUUAUUGUGAAUAUGGGACCUGAACCGCCGGCGGAAUACACUCCGUUGGGUGUUUGA